AAAAAAAUUUCCUUGUUUAGAAUUUAAUAAAGGGGUAAAUAUGGAAUGACAGGGUUAAAACCAGAAUAACGUUUUAAAUAAUAAGAAUAACACUUGUAUUUAUAUCUCUAUAUAUAUUGUACACUUAUAGUGAUUUAUAGAAUAAAAAAAUAUGGACUGGCUUACAAUGUUGCAGUUAGCAGUAAUUAGUCAAAUCCAGCUGUAAAGCAUUCAAUUGACAAUGAUCGUGAAAUGACGUUGGCUGGUAGCGUAGUGUGAUCCAUUGCUCCGACAGUUUGCUGAUGAUAAAAAGUACUAUUCCUUAUGUUGGCGUGCUUAUUUACAGCAUGUGAUGUUUGGCCUUCUUAGGAAUAGGUUUAUGAAAAUGAAUGGCGGACACUUUAGGAGCCAUGUUUGGGAUCCUAAGCUACUAUGUUUACAAAUAGUGGCUAUGCAAUGCCAGUUUUACUUCUUGUUUGGGAUGUGGACCUACCUGAUGGACAUCAUUGGCAGGUUUGACGCGUCAAUGGACCAGUUGUUUACACAAACGGAUUUAGACUUGCUUGAAGAUUCGGGGAGAGUUCAAGUUAUUGCUUUCCUUUUGAAUAGCCUUACAAGUGCUGUAGCCUUGUGGUACAUUGUCCAAAGAGCAAAACUAUGUUUGGACUUUGCAGUGACAGCCCAUUUCUGUCAUUUCCUUGGAUGCUGGAUUUUUAAUCGCCACAUUCCACAAACACUCCCUUGGUGGAUUCUGAAUGUGAUUGGAUGCGCUAUAAUGACUGUGUGUGGAGAAUUCUUGUGUAUGAGAACAGAAAUGAAGGCCAUUCCACUUUCAAUGGCAGGGGCCAAAGUGGAUUUGUAAAUGUCCACAUAUCCACAAACUUAAUCAUUGCAUUACACUUGCUCUGUCUGUGGUUCGUGGCAUGUACAUAAUUAUGUCAAGUGCUACAGGAACUAAACGAUUAAUUCACACUCGACUAGUAACUCAUGAAUAACUUUAAUCAGAGUAAGGGUGUGUUAUUUACAACUAGAUGUUACCUUGAUAGUUUUUGUUUUGGUACCAACUCCAAUGUUUGGAGACGCUAAGUUGCUGUAAACGUUAUGUAUGCCUAUUUUGAUGAACAAUUUAUUAUAAGGGAAAUUUCAAAUUGCUUUUAAUCCUUACCAUGAUAUUAGUUGAAAAAUUAGCCAUUGAAACUUUAUAAGUAAGUUUUGACCAGAAGUCGUGUUUUUAGUACAUGUGCAUCAUCCAUCAUAUCAUAUGAUCUUGGAAGUUUUAUGAAAUUCAUUUUAAAUAUUGACAUUUAAGUUAUUUUGAAUAAAGGUCUUCAAGUUCGA